AUGUUUUCUGAUCAGCACAACUUCCCUUUUGUUCUCAUCCCACCGCAGACUGCUACCACUUGCGAUGAAACGAUUGAUUCCGCGUUUCAUAUGCUAUACACGUUGGCAACGGGUGCAUGGAUUGUGGUUCACAACCUUGGGAAUAACCUCACCCUCUACAACGAUGCUCUGCAAUUCGUUCUCACAGCUGCGUACCGUCUUGAUUUGGAUGAAUUCCAGUGUCCACCUGGCCUAUUUGCCUGCACACCACCAGGAACUCAAAUGAGUCUGGAGCCAGAGCCCAAAUCCGAACAGGAUUGGCCGGUGCGACUCUGCCUACCACUGAGUCUUCGUUGCGAUGGUGUGCCCAACUGCCCCAAUGGCGGUUCAGACGAACAGAACUGCCAUUCCGCAGUCGCACCUAUCCAAUUCGAAAGGGUUGAAGGCGAACAGGAUCGUCUGCAAGGUUGGCUGUCGGGUUACGACACAGAGAUACUCAGUUUGAUUGGACGCGAUCUGCCUGUUGUGUAUACUGCCGGUGGACCCAACUACAUGGUGUUACUCAUUGUUAUUUGUGUGGUGGCACUGGUUAUUCUAUUGUUUGUCCUACUCACUCUGUUUGUCUUCAGUCCGCUAUGUCGCUACAAGAGGCAGCGCUCGAGGCAGACUAUCGCCAAAGCAGCCUCCUAUGAGAUUAUUUCCAGUGAAUCUCCCGUAUCUUGUUAAUAUGACUGUUUCCAUCAUUACCCAUUUUGUCGGCAGAUAUUGCGAUACCUCAUUUCUAUCUGUAAGUACUCAUUAUUCAUCUACCCGGUGUUUUUUGUCUGUAAUAUUUAAAUCCACUUACCCGCUCUAUUUGACUAAUAAAUCGAUACUCG